GUUGGCCGCCGGGGAUGGAGGCGCCGAGCGUCCUGCUGGUGAGCUGCUGCCCGGCCUUCGAGGAGGAGAGGCUGGUGAGAGGACUUGGAUCCAGUCCCAUCCUCCACCAUUGUGCUGGUGUCACCAGUAAUUGGGGGGAAAAAACUAACCCGUUCAAAGCGGAUCCAAGAGAAAAUCAGAGAGACAUUAUUGGAGCAGAUGACAUUCCAGAAUACACUGGCCCCAGGGAUGUAGUCCGAUUCUACCCGUGGACUAUAGAUAACAAGUAUUACACAGCGAGUGUUCAGCUAUGUGUGGUGCCUGACAAAUUCAAACUGACAAAGGAGAUUGCUGACUCAGUGGAGGCCUUCGUGAUUUACUUUGACAGUACAACGAAUUCUGGGCUUGAUGAGGUAUCUACUUGGCUUCCUCUAACUCAAGAAUGGUCUCCUGAAGUUUUGAUUCUGGUGUGUGACAGAGUUUCAGACAAUGGGGUGAGCAGACAAGUGGCACAGCAAUGGUGCAUUAAAUAUGGGUUUGAAUUGGUGGAACUUAAUCCAGAAGAGCUGCCAGAUGAAGAAGAUGACUUCCCUGAAUCCACUGGUGUAACGAGAAUUAUUCAAGCCUUGAAUGCAAAUGUAUGGUCAAAUGUUGAGAUGAAAACAGAUCGGCCUCAGGAUUUUGGAAUUCUCAGUAGUCUAACUGGAGUACUUGAAAACUGUGGAACUGAAGCAGAAACACAAGAAAAACCUGAUGAUGAAUCACAUACACAGGACACCAACAGGGUGGCAGAUCUUCAGACCGACGGUGUUAUAGCAGAUCCAAUGUUACAUUUGGAUAUCCAGGAACUUGCCACUCUUACCACAGGCGAAGUUGACUGUGAAAACUUUGAGCGUUUGUUUGAAAAGCUCAAGCAAAUGAAAGACAAAGCAGCAACAUUACCUCAUGAACAAAGAAAACUCCAUGCAGAAAAAGUUGCUAAAGCUUUUUGGAUGGCCAUUGGUGGAGACAGAGAAGAGAUUGAGGAGCUGUCUGAUGAAGAGAAUAAUUAAGAGCUGGACCAUUUUGUGGCUUUCCAGAUGACAGAGAUUGAUGUGUCGGCCAAGGUGCUGCUUGAGCUUCUCAUUAGACAUUUCAUUCACAGUGUUGCUGGGCCAAGACUUUUCAUACAACUUCAGUGCCAACACUGUGACUCAAGUGAAUGUUUGGAAUUGUGUAUGAUAAGAUACUGAUCUUCCUUUAGGCUUUCCCCUCUAUCUCGGCCAUAUUUAUUAGACUAAACAUCUGACUGAAGUAGUCCUGUGGGAAGAAGCAUUGUCUACCCCCCACCCACUCCUUUCUAAGUCACACAUUCUUUUAAUAUUCUAGACAUUAGUUAUAUCAAAUUGUACUCCAAAUAGAUAGCAUGGAGAGUGUUUCUUCUGUCCACAAAAGUACUGUGGCACAUCAACUUGGCUCUUCUAAUUCAGUUCCCACUGGGUAAAUAAUCACAGUACAGACCUUCCCCUAACUGUGUGGUAAACUGUCAGUUUUCAUUAGAAGUGACAGAAUCGUGUUUGAAAUGAGGAUAAUGUCUUGUUAAAGUACAAAGUGUGCUUGGGUUUGCUGCUACCGUGUUUAUUUGGGAGUCUUGCCUAUAAACCGUGCUACUGAUGAUGUAGGAAUGCUUAUUGCUGAUGCCAGCUAUCCAGACUGGGGAGAUAUUCCAUUCCUCAGAGCUCACAACUCUCACCAUGAUGAAAAAAAUAAUUCAUCAACCCAAAUGACAUACAAAUUAAUGUUCUAUUAGAAUUAAAUAAGCAUUUAAAUAGAAUGUCAACUGAUCAAAAAUUCUACACUUUAUUGUCUGAUACAGGAAUUAAAUAAACUGUGCAUGUGA